AACUUCAUAACUUUUAUUUAGGAAGAACUCUGUUGAAUGUCAGCCGGCCGCUUCUACCCCCCUGGUUUGUAUUGUGAAGCUUGUUUAUUCUUUUAGUGGGAUUUGUAAAUCAGCUAAUAUGUUAGCAAAGAACAUGAAUGUGUUUCUGGAGAUUGAUAUUAAUCCUCUUAGUGAUCGAGCCAAAUAUGUGUGUGAGUCAAUUCCUUACGUUUAUAACAGCUAAGAUUCAUAUGGCGUAAAAUGAACCAGCUAGUGUAUUUCUUACUUUAGUGUAGAGUUAGCUCGAGUCAAAUAGCUGACACUGCAGCUGUCAUGUAAAGACAGAAGAAGAGAAGAGUAGCUUCAGUAACCUGCUGUUUUAUCAUGUGCUCUAGUGAGUGUGGUCUCUUUUUGUGGUAAUGCUAAUUUAAUAAUUAUAUUUUCUACGGAUGAACACACUGGGAGCUCUACUCUUCACUUGAGGCAUGAAUUGUACCAUACAGAAGGUCCUGGCAGAUGCCAAAUCAUUGGUGGAAAGGCUUCGUAACCAUGACAACGCUGCUGAGAUGUUAAUUGAACAGACGACGUCGCUCAACAAGCGCGUUGAGGCCAUGAAACAGUACCAGGAGGAGAUCGACUCAUUAAACCUGGUUGCACGACAUCGUCCACGUUCUAGUCUGGUUCUAGGAAUCCAACAGGAGAACCGUCAGAUAAGAGAGCUACAGCAGGAAAACAAAGAGCUACGGACGUCGCUGGAGGAACAUCAGUCUGCAUUAGAGCUUAUAAUGACCAAAUACAGGGAACAGGUGUUUAGGCUCCUCAUGACCAGCAAGAGAGACGACCCAGCCAUUGUAACCCAGCUGAAGGAGCAGCACACCACGGAAAUGCAAGCACACAUAGACAAAAUCAACGAGAUGGCCUCUGUGAUGAGAAAGGCGAUAGAGGUGGAUGAAGGCAGGACCUGUGAAGACGAGGAGAGGAUUAAACAGUUAGAGCUGGAGAACAACGGACUACGAGAGCUGCUGGGAAUCAGUCGAGAAGCUUUCCUCGUUUUGAAGAGAGACGACAUAUCAGAGAACACUUCACUGUCACCACUGCUUACGAGCGCUGACGUCAGUUUACGAAAGAGUUAGAGCGCCCAUCCCCCCCCCCCCCUUAACGCUGCCACAACUGUGUACAGUCUUUACAGUGUGUUGCCACAUAACACUUAAUUUUUUUUCACCAUCUCCUCCUGGUGCAUUUACAGCAUGAUGCUCCUGAGCUGUGCUCCUGUCUGGUGAUUCAGACACAGUGUUUCUGUUAUGUUUGCUUGAAUGCAUGAGUUCCGGGGUGCCUGUAAGGUUUGAAAGUGUGAAUGUCUAAGAGAAGGGAUUGAUUCAAAAUAAAUCUGUAAACAUGA